GUUUGGGGGCAAAACUGUCUGCUGGUCGACGCGCGCACGCGCCAGCGAGGGAGCGCACGCCGACGCCGGCCCGCGGACGCACGUAACGCGUGCGCAAAGAGCUGCUACCGACGCGGGGCUGCAUAAAAAGCGCACGCGACGGGGCCUAGCACAUAGAGGGUGGGCCGGGCUGCCUGAGGCGAUUCAGCGCGCGGCCGCCGCUGCGACCUGAACGGGCGCGCCGCCGCGACCCACAAAAAUGGCCGUCGAGGUCUACCACGAGCCGCUGUGUAGGCGGUACUACGCAAGUCGCUGCUCGUGCGCCUACUUCUUCUUCCUACUCAUAGCAUUGGUCGGAUUGAUUCUACCCUUCUUCCUGGCCUACACGAACGUGCCGAGUUUCUGGCUCAAGACACAUACGUAUCGCGAGCAGCCGUCCAUAACCUUCCAGCAUAAAGUACUCGGUACGCUACAAGGUACGAAACAAAUCCGAGGUAUUGAUAGACAGAUGCAGAUCGUCUUCUCGUCCAUGACCGACGUCGAAAAUCUAUACGGCCCCGAGUUACGCGUCUGCAACCUCCAGAACAUCGAGCUCGACUUCAACAGGGACGGCGUCACGGACGAGUUCCACUUCACGGCCUUGUGUCCCCUGGCGAAGGGCGAAACUAUAUUGGGGGCUUCCGUUGCGACCUUCUUCCGGACGAAGCUAUCGUCUCGUGCAAGAGUGGAUUUUGACAGUCUAGCCAUUGCGGAGCACCGCGACGGCAUGGGCGGCGGGUCGCUCUUCGUCGAUGGGGAUUAUAUCUUAAAGCAGAAGUGGCCCUUCCGCGCGAAGGGCGGCUACUACUUACCUUAUAAAAGGUUCCCUUUACUCGAUCCGAGCGACCACAAGAUCAAGCUGCAGGAGACGCUGCUGCCCAAUAUCAUUUUUGGGUACCGGAACCGGAACAACACGCUGGACUAUGUCCAGCAAUACAAGGUCUGGACGCCGUCGCCGGGCGUGCCGGACAACCACGGGGCCUACGCGAAUUUCAACUUGACGAUGGUCCUGCGCGUGCCGCAGCAGGACGUCCUCUACACGCCGACGGCUUCCGAAGUCUUGAAAGAUGCGUGGUUGAAAUAUCUGGCCAUCUUCGUCGUCGUCAAGUACCUCCUCGAGUUCUUCGCGAGCUUCGUGGCCUACAACCAGCUCGUCGACACCACCAUGAGAGUGGAAACUCCUCACGAGCGCGAGGGCGUCAAGGCCACCAGCCUCUAGGCCCCGGCGUAAAGUUCAUUCCCAAAG